CAAAACAAUUCCUCCCGAAAUUCUUUCCUCUCCUUCUCCCUCGCGACGGCGCCGUCUCUCUCGGCGGAAACCAAGAGGAAGCUAGGUUUGGUUUUUUUCGGCGCCGGCGAAGCUUUGUUCCAGCCAUCCUUCAUCGGGGGUGGUCAUCCCGACGGAGAAGAACUCACGGGCACAAGAAGAAGCCGACGAUUUUGCAAGAUCCGAGCCCUUCAAAAACCCUAGAAGCCUUCUCCUUCCUCCUUCUCGGUUGUAAGUGCAAGAACAAAGAGCAGGAGCGAGGUGCGACGGACAACAACGAUAAAGGAAGGAGCGAGAGAGAGAGAGAGGGCGGGAAAUUUAAAUUUGGGAACAAGUCGAGCAUUACGUUUUUAAUGUGCAAGGCGGAAGGGGGAGAGAGAAUAAAAGUAAGGGGGAGAGAGAAUAAAAGGAAUAUUUUUUUACAAAAACAUCGAGCUGGCAACACCACAUAAGCGCGUCGCGCAUGAAGCGUCGGGCAGCAUAUCAUUUGUGUGUGUGUGUGUGUGUGUGUGUGAUGAAAUGACAUUUCCUGCUUAAGUGGACUUGAAUGAAAGAAAGAGCACCAAUCUGAGAGAGUAACAUGACACUAAGAUUUAGCAGUUGGGUGUCGUGUACUUUUGCACUAAUUCAAAACCCUCUUUUCGUUACCUAUCAGCCAUCGCGCCUGAGCCCCGCCUGACGUUGCCGCUACCCGUUGCAUCUUCUCGCGACGCCUCUGACAGCAAGUGGCAUGAGCCAUACCUCCCUUCCACCUUCCGUCUCCUGUAGUGACGCUUCCGCCUGUGGCAUGAGCGAUACCUCCCUGGCCUUUCAUCGUCAAGAAGCUAACUCGUCCUCCUUCCAAGGCCCCUUUUUUUAACCGGCUGUGUACGUUUCCCGAGGUGUCUAGGCAUCUUCUAUUUAACAGAAAAGAGGUGAAAGAAUAGCAUCAUGCCUCUGUACGAUUGCCUCCUUUUAGCAAAGCCUCAUGUCUCCAAGCAGGCGUUGGUUGAGAUGGUUGGGCGAAUUGGGAGUCGGGUCUUUCUCCAGAAUGGUGUCCUUACUGACAUCAAAUCUUUUGGCACCAUCCAGCUUGCUUAUGGCAUCAAGAAACUUGACGGACGCCAUUUCCAGGGACAACUGAUGCAAAUGACCAUGAUGGUACCUCCCACAUUUAACCAGGAGCUACACUACUUGAAUAAGGAAGAUCGUCUAUUGCGAUGGCUGGUAGUGAAACACAGGAAUACAAUAUACGGGCAGGAGUUCAUUAACGAGGACGUAGGGAAAAAUGAGCUAAUGCAUCAAAAAGGUGGCUUGUUUAGCAAAAGGACUGUUGCAGACGGAGAUGAAGAUGAAGACGAGGAUGAAGACGAAGAUGACGACGAUGAUGACGAUGAUGAUGAUGAAGAGUAUGAUUUGGAGUAGAAACUGCCAUCUCACAAUAAAGCAUAUUAUCAGUUCAAGUCCAUGGAUUUGUGAAUCGAGAAUAGCAUGAUUUGGACUAAAUUCACAUUUGGCUCUUGAAAGUUUGCCUCUUUAUGGAUGCUUUAACUGCAAGAGGACUUGAUUUUGUAGGAAAUAUUUGGUGUUUUUCUUCUGUAUUUCACUACUUAUUCAAAACUUCUCUUUGGUUAGAAUUCAUUGAA